UUUAAGUGCAUGUUCUUAAAUAAAAACAAAAAAUACAUUACAUCAGUAGUUUUAUUGAACAAUAGCUCUUCUUACCACAACGACCAAAGCGACAGCAGAAGAAAAAUAACAUCCACUAGCUAACAAUAGCUGACGUUAUCACUAGCUAGCUUGGAUUAGAGCUUAACGCGGAAUAAUGGCUAAACGGAGGAUCACACAGGAAACCUUUGAUGCUGCUGUCAGGGAAAAUAUGGAGGAGUUCGAGAUGGAUCCAGAUGAAGCUUUGAGGGAGGCUGUGGAGCAGUUUGAGUCUCAAGGUGUGGACCUCAAUUGUAUAGUAAAAGCUGUACCGGCUGUGUCAUCUGAGGACAAACAAGAAGAGCAAACACAUGAGGUCUUACAGGCUUUGGAUUCCCUCCGUACUGGAAAGGACUCUGCUAGUGUAAAGGAGGUGACAGCAGAUAUAAAAUGUUUCACUGAGCAGUGCUCUCUUGGAUUUGCCCAGAGGUACCUUGCUGCCCAAAAAGAUGCAUACCCCAUCAUCUUCUCCUACUGCAAAAAGAGCAUGGAGGAGCAAGAAGCUGUGCUGGCUGCGCUGUCCGCUCUGGCUGCUCUGACAGAUGGACAGCCAGACUUGUUGGAUGCGGACGGCCAGCAGUUCCUUUUAGAUGUCUUAAAGAAGUACCAGGCAGAUUCCUCAGUGACGUGUGUCGCCAUCUGCGCUGUGCGUCACUGUUGCUUAAAACAUGAACAGAACAGGCAGGAUUUGGUGAAAGGUGGCGUCCUGCCUCUGCUGACUGGUGCCGUUACUCAACACAGUGGACGUGCCGAGCUGGUCAAGGAGGCCUCUGCAGCUCUUAGGGUCAUGACCUUCGAUGAUGACGUCCGAGUUACGUUUGGGCAUGCUCAUGAACAUGCCAAGAUUAUUGUUCUUGAGCACAAUGGACUGAAGGUUUUAAUUGAAGCUGCAAAGGCUCACCUUGGUAAUACUUCUGUUCUGAGUGAGCUGUGUGCAACUUUGUCCCGUCUGGCUGUAAGGAAUGAGUUUUGUCAAGACAUCUGUGAUCUGGGUGGAUUGAAGCUCAUGAUGACAUUGCUUGCAGACAGCUAUGAGUCAGCGGAACUCGUUCGGCAGGUCCUUAGUGCAAUACGAGCCGUAGCGGGAAAUGAUGACGUGAAAGAUGCAGUUGUUAAUGCUGGUGGGGUUCAGCUCAUUGUCAUUGCCAUGAACAGACACAUGAGCAACUCUGCAGUGUGUGAGCAGGGCUGUGCAUGCCUCUCUGUCCUUGCAUUACGCAAACCCAACAACUGCAAAGUCAUCAUGGAGAAUGGAGGUGCCUUGGCUGCUGUUCAGGCUAUGAAGGCUCAUCCUGAUGCGGUCAAUGUACAGAAACAAGGAUGCAUGGUGUUGAGAAACUUGGUCUCACGUAUGCGUAACUUCAGCCAACUGAUCUUGGAGAUGGGAGCAGAGACCCUGAUAGCCCAGGCACUGAAGACUCAUCAAGACUGUGGUGACGUGGCUAAAGCAGCCCUCAGAGAUCUGGGAUGUCAGGUGGAGCUUCGAGAGUUGUGGACCGGCAAACAUGGCAGCCUUACCAACUGAAAGUGGAGAGGAACUUCAUGAGGAUCAUACACGUUACAAUGAGUUUGCCUGAGAGCAAUUUUAAAGAAAAUGAAAUGCUGUGAUGUUGGUGUAUACUAUACAGUAUGGCCAAAAGCUGAAGUGUAUGUACUUGCCUAGCUAAACAUAUUUGUACAGUGUAGUUGUAGAAAAGCCUUGCAGGUAGCGUGAACAGCAACAUUAUCAGUUCCACACACAACGCCUUAGAGAGGUUGCAUAUAUUUUCCAGUACAGUCUGGUUGCACAUGUUUUCUUUGCAUUUUUGUAUCACAUUUUUGUUAAUGUGUGUUUUGUAAAAUGAGUUAAUAUAAAUGCAUUUGCUGGUAUGCAAGUAGUUGCACUGUAUUGUGCAAGCUCUUUUCUAUAGCCUUUUUUCAGACAUGGGAUAUGUAACAUUUCUGGCUUAAUCAGUCUAUAAAAGGAUGGCAUUCCCUCAUUCUUAAUGUUAA